AUGACAAUCGGUAUAAGCCGCAAUGGAAUGCUUUAUGAUCAAACUAUUUCAACAAACCAUCCGGAAUCUCUCAUAACUUUCAUGAAUGAAGAGAAAUCCCAUAGUUCUGCCAAAUGUACCGACAUCAUCAGAUGUAUCAGCCAAAUUCAAUACGGACAGCUAUCUCUCUUUUUGUUCGAACCUGUUUCGAUCAGUUCGACGAAUCGAACAUUGCAUCCGACGAAAAUGAUCAUCCGUGGUACUUCCUCAGUCAUCCAAGCUACACUUUCUGCGAAGCAAAAACGAUUUUCCACCAAAAAAUUCAAUAAGGGAUAA